AUGUGCCAGAAUGGACAAAUUAUCGAGCGUAGCGAUGUGAGGUGCAAGGUAGACCACCAAGGAACAACAUGGAAUCUUACGGACAUACAGGCUGGUGGUUGUAUAACAUUCACUCAGGAUGCUGUGUCAAUGCCCCUUUUGUUUGGGUGCAAAUUAUUGGAGCCGACAGUAGAAUUUCCACCUUUGAACAAGGAUGAGAGGCUGGUUAGCAGUGUAAUAGAGCUUACAUGCGAUGAACAGCCGGACAUCCACUUCACUGGACAAUCUAAGGGAGAGGUAGUGGUUGCCCUCUCUCACAGCGCCCCAAAACUUGAAGGCUAUGAAGUUUUGAUCGGAGAGUUAAUCAGUUCUGACAGCAGCUAUGAAUGGAAAGAUUUGGAGACAACAAACAUUUGGCAAAUACCAGAUAUUAAAGACGAUUUUGCAAAACUAAGGGUUCCCUAUGCUGAGGCUAAAGUUACUACUUGUGGCGUGUUUGCUGUAAUUUACCGCCUGAAAUCCUACAUAUACUCGACCCGUGUGUCAGGAAAUGAAGAAAUUACUCACAAAAUUCCUGAGUAUCCAGAAGUGAGUGUGACAAUCUCAGCAGAAAAUGUCCGGGAUAGAAGUAAUCUGGAGUUGAUUCUUAAGGUUCAAGAAAUCCCGCAGCAGUGGUUUGACUGUGGUGAAGAGUUUGCUGGACCUGUCCUUCACAUUAAGUGCCCCCAAAUAACGGACCUUGCGGAGCCAGCUACUAUUACCCUUCCUUUGUUGCUACAAGGAGACAAAGAUGAAUUGUCGAAAUUCUCCGCUACUGAUCUAAGGGUGUUUAAAUGUCGAUCUGGUGACGAAAGAGCAGAUUGGGAUGAGAUAACGAUGCAACUUCCAAACGCAGUUGAGUUGAUGAAUGGUGUGGUGAGAUUUCAAGUCAAACAUUUCUGUCGGUUUACGGUGUGGCCGUCAAAGAAACGCCGGCUCAGGGAUAGACGUCUGGCUCAUCGCAUUAACCGCUUCACCAGGCCCUUCCCUUUGGAGGCUGGGUUCUUUGCAUGCUUGUGCAACACAGUUGAUAUGUCACCUGGACAUGCCCAGUUGAGACUUUAUUGUUAUCCAGCUCGUUUAGAACCCAAAGUUAUAGAGAACGCAUGCUCUGCACAUGAUAUCGACCGUUACGGUAAUGGGGAUUCUCUACUUACACUCUUCCACGGUGAUGAAUUACGUGCCAAACUUUGGAGAGGAUCGGAAGUGAAAAAGACGUUGAAACUCAGGUUUCGUUAUGAUAGAAAAUUUGAGGUUGAUGCAAUUGUACGAGUUCUGAAUGAAGGUACGCCCCACGUGAAAUUCCUCCAACAUCUGAGAGAACAAUCUCCACGAAAGCUGUGUGAACUUACAAUUGCAACACAAUGUCAAAGAAAAGCCAGGGAUCCUCAUCAUGGCUUGCGAUUUAAGGCUGGUGAACCAUCUAAAGACGAGUUAGAAGCUUUGUCCCGGAAACUUGGCAACAAGUGGGAGAAUCUAGCACGACGACUGGGAUUCGACUCAGACGGCGAAAUAGAUGCUUUCAAAGAAGAAAAGGGGUUGGCAAAUAAGGCUUUCAGUAUGUUAAAGGAAUGGAACCAAAAGGAAGGCUCCAAAGGCACUUAUGUAGUUUUGGGCAAAGCCUUGUGUCAUAAGUUUGUGGGAUGUACAAAACUAGCAGAAGAGUUUUGUUGCGAUAAGAUUGAAGGGAAUGGCUCUCUUUAGUCUUCUAUUGCAAAAAUGGAGUUUUUUCAUCGUCACUUCAUCUAGGUUAUAACGUUUGUCUUUCAUCAAUCUGGUACCCUAGCUAUUGAGCAUCUGUGUCAACAAGCAUUGGUGCUUAGAAAGUCACUCAUUUUUCUUUCAGUUGAAGAGAGGGAAAAACAUUGCCUCAAAGAAUAGAUAUGUACUCUUAUUUUUUUUUAUUAAAGAAUCGUUGUUUUAAUUGA